UCAUUGCCCGACGGGAGUACUGGGGCAACCUCUCUCUAUGUCCAGCUGUAUAAGAACCAUUCUUGAUCAUCAAGCAUUUCAACCUCGCCGCAUCAAACAUCUUUCGCACACAUUUCUACUGAUGUUCUGCUCUCGUCCCGCGGCUUUCCCUCGACUUCUUCGACCCCAAUUCGUGCCCUCCCGCGCCGCACCACUUCACACCAUGAGAGACCAAGUCCGCACCCGCUACGAGCUUCGUCAGGUGCAAUCGAACUCAAUGCCCUGGCAGCGAGCCCCGGGCAAGCAGGUGCUGUGGAUUGGCUGCUCGGAUAGUGAUUACGAUGAGCUGGAGACCCUGGGUCUCCAGGCCGAUCAGGUCUUGGAGUAUCGCAAUCUGGGGAAUAUGGUGAUCGACGACCUUUCGUGUCAGACCACGCUGGGCUAUGCAUUGGAGCAACUCAAGAUCCGGGAUAUUGUCGUAUGCGGGCAUUACGGCUGUCACAUUGUUCAGGGGAAGCCCAACCCUUGCGUUCCGGAGCCUUGGAGCAGAACCCUUGACAUGGUUCGUUCGGCGCACAACCACGCACUCGACCAAACCAGUGGUCAGGAACGGGACCGAGCCAUGGUCGAAUUGAACAUCCUCGGCCAGGUGCAGUCGUUGAGUCAAGCACAUGACCACGAUGUGCAGGUCUUUGGGGUGGUGUAUGACCGCGCAUCGAAAACGGGAUACCAGAUUACGGAGGCUGGUUGUUGAAUUUGGUGUUAGAUUGUUGUUGGAUAGAGAAAUGAUACCCAAUAGAGCGAAUUAAUGAGAGCUGCUGCUGCUGCUGCUGCUGCUGCUGCUGAUGAUAAUGAUGAUGAUAAGAUAAGGCAGGAACUGCGUGGCAGGGUGGAAUGGGCCGCCGUAGUUCAGCGGGCGGGGCACAUACGGAACGGAACACACGUGGCAGUUCCUCUCUUUCCCCUCCUCCUCUUG